CUAGAGGAGAGACAGCCCGUCCUCCCUGCUCCUCUCUCAGUCUCUGGUCGGAGAAGCCCCCGGAGCCUCCACACUGGGACUAUCCGAUGAGAAGAUGCGGGCCGCGGGGCAGCAGCUGGCCGCCGCGCUGCUCCUGUUUGCCGCAGUGUGCGGGGCAGCGCGGGCCGAGGUGAUCGAUGACAUCCUGGGCAGCCUCAACAGGGGAGCAUCCUUCCUGGAGCGGCAGCAUGAGCACAUCAACCUGGACGGGGUGGUCGGGUUCCUCAUGCUGCAGGCUGAACUGAAGGAGGCGGUUCGGACGUGGCCUCACAGCGACCCAGUCAGCUGGGCUCAGAGAACCACCGCCGUCGCUCUCGUCAAACGUCUCGACCAAACCUUCGACAAGGCCGUCGCCGCCCUGCAGCAGAACGACCCGAAGUACUACAGAGAGUUCGAGCCUCUGAUGUCGUGGACUUUCUGGGUGAUUCCUCCCGGGUGGAGCGCCACAGAUCCCAGCCUGGUCUACCCGUCCACCGUUUCCACCGAGUGCUACGAUGAGCAGCUCAGUGACAAAUGUCUGACCCUGCUGCUGGGAACCUGGAAGAUGACGGGGACGCCAUGCAUCGUCACCAAACCCGCGGACACGAUGACUCAGUUCGGUUGUCCACACUACUCUCUGCCCACCCAGCUGCUCUACUUCAUGAUCGGGAAAAUGCGAGGCUGCACCAACCUGCUGAAAGGCGACACUCGACCGUCCCGAGAGAACAUGACCGAACGCAGCUACGAGAAGAUCUUCUGCUCCAACAUGAUGAAGACCAACCAGGACAUCAUCAGAGACGGUCUGACCGAGCAGACGGUCGACAUCUUCAUUGAGAACAUCCUGAUUUGCGGAUUGGCCGGUUUCUCCGACUUCUACAAAGCUGAUUGGCUGCAGCACAUCCUCAGGCUGCAGGAUGAGGAAGUGGGCUGCUUCGGGAGAGACAAGAGCGUCAUCUCUCAGAUCAUUGGAGACGAGCUGCUGGAACAACUGCAGCCUCACAGGAGAGUGAAGAGGAGGGAGAAAAUACUUCCAGACGGCUGUUCCAGUCACAUGACGGCGGUGGCUGUCGGCGCUCUAGGAGGAUACCUGAACUACUACCUGUCAGAACAGGACAUAACGAAGAGGCCGCUCUCCUGAAACCUCCCUCCCUCCCCCCAGCCUCCCUCCCUCCUCACGGGGUUUGUUCACAUUAGAAAAACGUUGUAGAUCAUCAGGUAGAGACGCUCUUCACGGCUGGAGACUGACUCCCGACACAAUAUGUUGCUUUAUGAACAUAGUCGUAAGAUGAUGAAAAUGCUUAAUAAAACGCUGGGAUGUGGCUGUUUUGACACCGAAUGUAUUUCUACCUAUAUUUCUUUCAUAUUGUGUUGUGAUUAUAACGAGGAAGAUGCUGAAUCCCAAUAAAGACGCCUUUAGAAAGUAGUGAUGCUCCAAUCCCACAGGAAGUGAUCAGGAUUCGUGGUUUACUCUUUACAGAGAAGUUAAGAAGCUGAUAAACAGUGAAUCUGAUCUUCAGCCAGCUAUCGUCUAAGAGCAGUUCAUGUUCCUGUCCACGUGGAGCUGGACAUGGUGCAGGCGGCCUGUGGAUGAGCUAGCAGGGUUUUGGAGGAUUUUCAAAGCUAUCUAUUGUCCAUAAUAUAUAAUAAAGUUGUGUGUUUCAUAAAAUUAAUGAAAUAAAAUUCAAUGCCCCUUACUGCAAUUUUUUAAGCUGUCAUAUUUCGCGAGUGCAGAGUAGUUUAUAAAAGCAUGUACUGAGAAUACCGAGCUAGCCUCUUUUUAGCUGAAGACCCAGAGUUGGUGGUACGAUGGGCCGUGAAGUGUUACAGACUUCUUGCGUUAGAUCACCGAUCACUAAAGUUACAGAGUGCACGAAGAUGCGUUCAGGGUGCAGAGUGAGAAUUAAAGAGACAGUUCUCCCGAUUAUAAGUCAGUGUAUCAUCAGAAUGAUUCUGUUAUUUUAAGGUCUGCUCUGUCUGAUGCAUCGUUAUUGAUAUCAGCCAUUAAAAGCCUGAUUGGAGCAUCCCUACUUAAAAGGCCAAGAAAUAUUUAGUGUAGCUUUAAAAGUAAAACAUUCACAAAAGUUGUUUGUUUUCAAAAAUAACCUUUAUUUUCUUUAAAUUAUGUUUUUGCUUUUCACAAUCUGACCUAGUGAAUAUAAAAUGAGCCCAGACGACAGCUGUACAACCAGCACUGACCAAAGAGGAUCUACUGUAUGCAUGAACCUACACACACAAUGUUACCAUGUGUUUAAUGUUAACCGAUAAAAUAAAGUCUGCUGUAUUAUAACAUUAAGCUGAUAAUAAAUGCAGAUCAUUUCUGGCUACAAGAGUCUGUGAAGUGGAGAAAGAGGCCUCCUUCAUAAAGAACACAACAGAUUAUGUAAGAUCUGUGGGAGCCAAAACUCCCCCAGCUCAACUCAAAAUUCAAAAUAAAAGCUUCCCCCUGG